UACCGUUCAUCUCUCUCUCUCUAGUCUAUACGCUAUACCCCAUUAGGGCUCACUUUUCUUCUCUCUCUCGGUUCUCUCUCUUAUCGUCACCAGAGCCCUCGAGUACGUCGUUAAUGGUGGUUAUCGGAUCCUAGCAUGGAUUCUCGUGGAUCUUAGAUUUUGCUGCGAUUUGGGAGUAAUAUCCUUUGAUUUUCUGGCGAAGUGGCACAUUUUUUGGAACCCUAGGGGUUUUUUGGAAGGGGAGUAACGUUAUUCCGGUUCUAGGGUUGAUUCAACUCGUUUGAAGUGGUGGCUCGAUGGAAGCAAAAGUGCCUAGACCAAGGGGCAGGCCGAGGAAACGCCCGAGACCAGAGGGUGAUAAUGCGGGGUCUAACGGGAAAUCGGAUAAUCGGGGGAAGAGGCGGAUUUUGGAGGUGAAACCAUCGGUUCCAAUCUCGCUUCUUGGUCGUUAUGUGUUGAAAGAUUUUGAUGAUAAUGGAGUUUUUCUGGGGAAGAUAGUGUCCUACGACACUGGGUUCUAUACAGUAGAAUAUGAAGAUGGUGAUUGUGAGACAUUGGAAAGUCGAGAACUUCGACAGUUUAUUAUUGGUGAGAGUUACUUUGACGAAGAACUAAGUGCUAGAAAGAACAAACUAGAUGAACACAUAGUGAAGAAGGAUGAGAAGAAAUUGAAUAGCCUGAAAAGCAAAGGGGCUAAGCUGCAAAAUCAAGUAAAUGGAGUUGAUGCAUCUGCAUCUGGUGGUAAUCCAAGUGGUGGGCAAGAAGUAGAUGAUGACGCGGUGGGACUUGGAAAUGGUGACGACUCUUGUAGCGAGUCUUCAGAGUAUGGAGACGGUAAAGAUCCAGUUAUUGAGAGUGAGAUUCCUUACCUUCCCCCUAUAGAUUUUCCUCCUUCAUCUGGAACAUUUGGUGUCCCCGAGGAGUCUGUGGCACACCUUUUAUCUGUGUAUGGGUUCCUAAGGUCAUUCAGUGUUCAAUUAUAUCUCUAUCCGUUUGGGUUGGACUAUUUUGUUGGAGCGUUGAAUUUCUCAGGACCAAAUUCUCUACUUGAUGCCAUUCACGUUUCUCUUUUGCGGGUGUUGAAGCGUCAUCUAGAGAGACUCUCUUCAGACGGGUCUGAACUAGCUUCAAAGUGCUUGAGGUGUGUUGAUUGGAGCUUGCUUGAUGCGUUAACUUGGCCUGUUUAUCUGAUUCAGUACAUUAUGGCAAUGGGACAUGCAAGCGAACUUCAAUGGAAUAGUUUUUAUGAAUUUGUUGUGGAAAAGGAGUAUUAUUUCUUACCUGUUGGAAUGAAGUUGAGGAUCCUACAAAUACUGUGUGAUGAUGUCUUUGAUGUAGCAGAGUUAAGAAAUGAAAUUGAUUGUCGUGAAGAAUCUGAAGUUGGAUUUGAUCCCGAUGGAGUUACAGCUGAUCUUCCAGAAAAUGGACCUAGAAGAGUCCAUCCCCGAUUUGCUAAAACCUCGGCUUGCAAGGAGAAAGAGGUUAUUGAUAUUGCUGCAGUAAACCAUGGGACGAACUCACUUAACGAGUCAAAAACUUUGGGUUUGAGAUUUUCUGAAGGUGAUUCGAAUGGAGUUAGCUCAGAUCUGGAUGGAAACAGUGAUGAAUGCCGACUGUGUGGUAUGGAUGGGACUUUGCUGUGUUGUGAUGGUUGCCCCUCAGCUUAUCAUUCAAGAUGCAUAGGCGUGGUGAAAAUGUACAUACCAGAUGGGCCGUGGUACUGUCCUGAGUGUACUAUCAACAAAAUGGGGCCAAUUAUUGCUCAUGAAACGUCACUAAGAGGAGCUGUACUUUUUGGAAUGGAUCCGCAGGGGCACCUCUUCUUGGGUACUUGCAAUCACUUACUGGUGCUGAAAACUUCUAUGAAUGCAGAAGCAUUUGUCAAAUAUUACACCGCCAAUGAUAUUCCAAAAGUUGUACUCUUGCUUCUUUCCGCAACAACCCAUCGACCUGUUUAUGCGGAUAUAUGCAAAGCGAUCGCUCAUUGCUGGAAUCUGCCUGGAUGUGUCAUGUCUUAUCUAAGAGCUCUGGAGGCUGAUUUAGCCCAAAUGAAGAAAGAAGGGGAUGGUGAGGUGUCAGACAUGGAUAAGCCCGAUAGUGCAAGUAUCGUCGGUGGAGGUGGUGUCCAGAAUGCGACUGGCCUUCCUACAUGCAUUUCAGGCAACACUGGUGGCACUUUUGUUGGAGCAUCAAGUGGAAUGCAAGAGAAGAAUUUAGUUGCUGGUGUUGCAUACAUGGGUUCAUCUUUUAAAUCUUACUUGUACAUUAAUCAUUAUGCAAAUGGAGAAUUAGCUGCCUCGGCUGGUGCUACUUUGGCUGUCCUGUCAUCAGAGGAAUCCCAUGAAGCUGACCUUCACAAGUAUAGUAAUGCUAGGAAAGCAGCAUCAAGUAACAUUUUGCUGCAAGCGAAAGCAUUCUCAUUAGUAGCCUCGCGUUUUUUCUGGCCAAGUCCCGAGAAGAAGGACAUUGCUAGGGAAAGGUGUGGUUGGUGUCAUUUUUGCAAACUCACAUCCGCUAGCAGGAAAGGGUGCAUGCUAAAUGCAGCUGUAACAGGUGCCACUAAGAGUGCUACAAAGACCUUCAGUGGACUUUUCCCUUUAAAGAACAGGGAGGGCAGUCUUUCUAGCAUUGCUGCUUAUGUUUUAUACCUGGAGGAAAGCUUACGUGGUCUCAUUGCUGGGCCAUUUCUCAGUGGGAGUCACAGGGAACAGUGGCGUAAGCAAGUAGAGGUAGCCUCAACGUGCAAAGCCAUGAAAGCACUUCUGCUUGAACUUGAGGAAAAUAUAAGCACUAUCGCUCUGCUAAGCGAUUGGCCUAAACUCGUGGAUGACUGGUUGAUAGAACAUUCUAUUUUUCAAAGUGCCCCAUUUGCUUUUGGGGCCACACAGAAACGUGGACCAGGCCGAAGAAGGCAACGGAACCUGGCGGAAGUUCCUAUCAAAGGUUCUGAUGAUGAUGGCUUUACUUGGUGGCGAGGGGGGAAGCUAUCAAAGCUUAUUCUCCUGAAGGCAGUUGUGUCACGGAGAAAGAUUAAGAAAGCAGCCUGGCAAGGUGGCAGUAAAAAGGUUCCUGGAUUUAAUUAUGGUGAUGGUUCUGGAAUUCCUAAGAGAAGCAGACAGUCUGUUUGGAGAGCUGCUGUUGAAAGAAGCAAGAACAUAUCUCAGCUCGCUCUUCAGGUUAGAUACAUGGAUAUGAAUAUAAGAUGGAGUGAACUUGUAAGGCCAGAACAAAACCUCCAGGAUGUCAAAGGUCCUGAAACAGAGGCCUCUGUAUUUAGAAAUGCAAGUAUAUGUGACAAGAAGAUUAUUGAUAACAAGGUUAGAUAUGGAGUUGCCUUUGGAAAUCAAAAGCAUCUCCCCUCACGAGUCAUGAAGAAUGUGAUCGAUGUCGAGAAAACAGAAGAUGGACAUGAAAAGUAUUGGUUUCAAGAAGCUCGUGUUCCCUUGUACUUGACCAAAGAAUAUGAAGAAGGUUUGCAGAGAGGACCACUGCCUUCGAUCAAGAAGCCGUCACACAUGUUGUCCAAGUUGCAGAGAAAGCAAUUGAAAACUUCCCGUUCGGACAUAUUUUCAUAUCUAGCAUCUAGGAGGGACAAUAUGGAGAAGUGUGCUUGCGCAUUGUGUCAUCUUGAUGUUUUACUGAGGGAUGCAACAACAUGCAGCAAUUGCCAAGGUUUUUGUCACAAGGAGUGUACUUUCCGUUCGCAAUACACAAACGGGAAAGUCGAAGUUACGGUCACCUGCAAACGAUGCUACCAUAUGAAAGCUCUUUCUCUAAUCAGACAUCCAACAACUCCUCUAGUUGCGAUCAACCGAAACCACCAAAACACAGUCACUCCGGUCUCCAAGAUACCAAUUAAGCCUCUUAAUCAACAAUCUACGUCCCAAAAAACGCAGGAGAAUGCUUCAGGAGGGAAGGAAAUCACUCCUGAUUCUAGUGCGGUGCCAAAGAGUAAACAUAAGACGUUAUCUUGGGGAGUGAUAUGGAGGAAAAAGAACAGCGAGGACACCGGAGUUAGCUUCAGGCAUCAAAACAUUCUUCUUGCUGGAAGAUCGGAUAAUCCGGGCGUGGAGCCCUCUUGCUCUCUCUGCCAACUGGCGUACAAUCCUGAUCAGUCGUAUAUCCACUGUACAAAUUGUGACAAGUGGUACCACAUUGCAGCUAUUAAGCUCGAGGAGUCGAAAAUUCCCGAGGUGGUUGGGUUCAAGUGUUGCAAAUGUCGUCGGAUACGAUCGCCCGAUUGCCCUUACAUGGAUCCGAAGCUCAAGGAACAAAAGCUGAUGAAGAAAUCGAUCUUCAAGAGCCAAAAACAAGGGCAAGGAUACAUAGGUUUGGAUUCCGAUUCCGAAAGGAUUUCCGAGCCAAAAGACUCAAAACCAUCCAGUCCUUCGUUCCCUCCUGAUGACGCAUUUGUUCCUGAGGAUGAUCCUCUGCUUCUAUCGGUUUCAAAAGUCGAGCAAAUCACACAACCCAACUUGGAUCUCGGAUGGGACAAUGCUUCCCCAAUGCCGGUACCCCGGAAGCUACCCGUCAGGAGGCAAGCAAAACACGAAGAGAUCUCCGGGAAUCAUCCUUCCCACACAGAAUUCUCGAUUUAUCCCGAACCAAAUUCUGUCGUCAAACCAGAAGCGGAGCAAACAUUGCCUGUCAGUGAAUGGGGCACCCCCGGGAAUGCAGUGGAAGGAGAGUUAAUGUUUGAUUACGGAACCCUAAACUAUGAAGACAUGGAGUUUGAACCACAGACAUAUUUCUCGUUAGCAGAGUUGCUGACAUCCGAGGAUGGCGGCCAGUGCGACGAAUAUGGCUCCGGGAUAAUUGAAAACAACAUUUCUGACCCUCCUGGAAUGUGCAGCUCCUCGGAUGCGAAUCAAAUACCAUGUAAGAUAUGUUUGCAUAUGGAACCAGGACCUGACCUCUCGUGUCGGUCUUGUGGAUUGGUAAUACAUUCCCACUGUUCUCCAUGGGAGGAGGAGGAGCUGUCGUCAUGUUCGGAAGGGGGCUGGUGCUGUGGCCACUGCCGUGAAUGGCGGUAGGGCGUUCUUGUUUUCCACCUUUCCUUCCGACUCGGAUAUUAUAUUAGAAGUUUCGACACGAUAUUCGUUGAGCGGUUCAGACCAGAAGCUGCCAGGGACGACGGCUCUUCCUUUGUCCCGAGGGUUUUUGAUGAAUUGGUGAAUGUGUUUUGAGGUUGUCAGAAUUUACCUCUCCGUAGGGUUCAUAUGGUCUCUGCGAAGAUGCCCUGUUUCUGGCAGAUAAGCUCUUUGUAUGUUCUCUCUCUCUCUCUCUCUCUCUCUCUCUCUCUCUCUCUCUCUCUCUCUCUCUCUCCCUCUCUCUCUGCACGUGUAGGUGGAUGGAGAUUAUGUCUCGUUAAUGUCAUAACACUCGAAUCGUGUUUUAGUAUUAGAAGAGCUGCAGUGAAGUGAUUUACAUAUA